AAAAAAAUAUGGAUUGGGUCAAAUAAGGUGAAAAGGGCCAGGGUGAUGGAGGCUGAUGAGAUUCUAAAACUAGAGCAACUGAAGUAAUGCCAUUAAAAUGACUGGGAGCUCAGAGUAUAACAACAUUGCCAUGUCAUCCGUCACAACAUCAGCAAACGUCAUCUCUUUUGUCACACAACCGUCAAUGUCAGACGACCCUGAGGUUGAGUCAAACAGGCAGGUCGAAGAUGAUGAGAAAGAUUUCAACAUGACAGACACUAUAGCUGCUGUUGUCUCAGCUAUACUUGCAGUUAUAUUUUUGGUAAUGGUUGUCUGUGUCAUUCAGAUUAUUAAGAAGCGUCGCAGGGAGCGACAAGGAAACAGACUCAACCGACCAGUCAUACAGACAGUUACUCCAGCAUCUUUUGGUGCAAGUGUAUCAGCUUACAGGAAUGCCCCAGUCACACCUGCAGCUAGUUUUACCUGGGAGAGUGUUACUACCAGUGAGGCUCCCAUCCUCCAUCUAGAGCAACAAGAGAUGGAGAACCACAUGUCUGAUGUUCUCUCAUACAUACCUUCAACUUCCUCCACAAUAUUAGUCACAGCAAUACUUCACCAAGAUCCUUCCAGGUUGUAUGAGGAACCUCGUGAAGCUUUGGCUGGGAGUUCAGCAUCAAACUCAUUAGCAGCUCCAACAAGUUCUACAUUCCCAAGAGAUCAGUAUGUUACAAUGAAAACUGUACCAUUCCAUGAAGUUUACUAUACAAAUUCUUCUACGGAGAAUAUUCUGAGAGAGAGCAGUUCUAAAGAUAGUCAAAAUACAAUACAAUCUCAAGACUCUGUACCCUCUCCAGUUGAUGUGAAAGAAAUUGAAUUUUCUAUAUCACAGGAGUCCAGCUAUGGCUAAAUCAUUGAUAUCUACUUGAACAUUGCCUAUACAAUCACAUUCCUCUAUUCCAAUGUUAUAUUGUUUACACCACUACUUUACUGGCGAUUUCUAGUCAUUAUUUCCUGUUUUUAUGAUUUUUAUACAACUGAAUAUAUUUUAUCUCAUUUCCUUUAAAAACUAAGACAUUUUUUCAUUGUACUCUACUUUUAUUGAAAAUUAUCUGCCUUUGAUAUUUUAAAAUUAUGGAACUAGCACUGACAUGCCGUUCAUGAUUUCUACACAAGUACUCCAGGACAGGCAGCCAAGAGAAGAACCUAUUGCCAGAAGCAGCAAAGAUUUUAGACCCUAAGUAUAGAUUUUAAAAUUUGCAUGCUUCACAGUUUAAAAUUUUAUGUCUUAAGAAGUUUUAACACUGAUUACAUGGUGAAAACCAAUUAGGAAACGGACAAAAUAUUUUUGUAUUCCUGAGUAAUAAUUAUUGUUUUACUUUUUACUCAAUCCAAAAAAGUGACUUGUAAGAUAUGACAAUCUUUAGUAAGAAUUUUGUAAAAUAUUCCAUGAUAAGUAAGUGUAAACAUUAGAUAUAAUUAGAAAAAGUAUUUUUUUAAUCUUUCCAUCCCAUAUAUCUUUGGCACUAUUUCAAAAUAGCUUUUGGUGCUGACAGACUUGUAGUGGCCAUACUUUCCCUCUUAAUUAACCUGAGCACUUACUGACAUAGUGAGUGUAAUACAGCAGCCAGUGGCAGUUCUAUAAUCCCUUCCUUUGUCUUACAACUAUUUGCAACUAUCUCAUGUUUAAACUCUUAUCAAUUGUAUAUUAGAAGAAAACUAUUAUAGGAUUCAAUAAAACAGCAAUCAUCAAAAGUAUGUUUCAUAUGAUUUUUAAUGCAAACCAAGCGCUAAAAUGAUGUUGCUAAGUGAAAUAUAUAAUUUCAAACACUGUGUCUUACAAUUUUAAAUUAUACUAAUUAUUAUCUACUGUGAUAUUUUUAGCUAUUAAGUAAAAAAAAUACUUUAAACAUAGCCAAUAUAAACUAUGUUUAUUGUGUGAUACAAUUAACACUAUUUUUACAAAGUGAAAUAAAUAGCUAAAAAGUUAUUUUUUUAAAUUUUACUUUGUAGAUCUUUCUUUAAAGAUAUUUUAUCUUGAAAAGCAUUCAUACUUUACUUUCUUAGUACAAAGGGAAAAAUAUUAAUUAUUUUCCAUUGUUAUAGUCACACUCUGUUAAUUUUUUUUUUUAAAUAUUGAUCAAAUAUACUACAGUGAGUGAUAGUCAUUUUAUUUACAUAAAAGUGAAUCCUGUACAAUAUCUUAAAACUGUUCUUGUUGUUGAAAAGCACAUUACUCAUUGUGCCUAACAUUGCCUACAUAUUUUUAUUUUUCUAAUACAUUAUUUGGUUGUUUUUUUUUUAAAGCUACCAAAGCAAGCAAUAGAUUGAGUAGCAUUUAAUAUUUCUGAAAUAUUUCACAUAUUUUUUAUCUUACUUACAAAUUUACAUAUUUGUGAAACAUUAUUUUAUUAAACUCUACUUUUACUUUUUUUUUUACUCCACAUUAAAAAUAAACAUUCCAAGAACUCACAUUUAUUUGAUUUAUAAAAACAUUUUUAUGAAUAGGGCCAGAAUUGUAAACUCUAGUCUACUUGAUGCUUGUAAAAUUUGGUGCUACCUAUAAAUUUAGGCAUCCUAGUUGUAUAGAAAUGAUAUUUUCCUUUAAAAUUUAUGUGUUUGAAAUAGUCGAUUGGCUAAGUUGGAAUUUAGGACUAAUUUUAUUUAUUAACAAACUUUUAACAAAAUUUAUAGAAGAAAAAUUAUCCAAAGAUUCUUUGUUAAAAUUGUAUUAUAAUUAAUUAUUAUUUUUUAUUGUUAUUAGAAUUAUUGUAUUAUUAUUACUAUUUAACUAUUAUUAUAGACUAAUUUUAUGCUUUAAUUCCCUCCUUUUCACCUUUGAAAAUGUGUUUAAUAUUUUCUUGUUUAGAUUAGAACGUACUUAAGAUUCAAAUAUUCAAUUUGAGAGUUUGUUUCUUGCAUUCAGAUCAAAGCUCUGCAUUUUUAUACACAACAUACAACCUUUGUGUAAGUAUCUCUCCACAAACUUGUAGAAUUUUGUUUUAUUUUCAAUAUGUAUUACCUUCAAAUAGUCCAUGUUUUUUUUUAAUGAAAAUUCUAUAUUUCUUUAACCCUGUAAGCUUAGUUAACGUGUACAUUUGAAAUAGGUCAACUAUUAUUAUUUUAAAGUAGACAAAAUUAAUUUUAUCUAUAGCAAUAAUGUCUAUGAUUUUUUAAUGUUUGUAACAAGCUUAUAAUGCAUUACAUCAUAAUACUCGUUUUUAAUACUUGCCUUGUCCAUAAGAUAUCAAAAACUUGUGAACUUGGAAAAUAAUAUCAGAAAUGCCCGGUAUUUUUUAACCAUCCUAAAAUUAAUUAGGAGCAAAUUUGAUCAAAAAUGUGAGAAGGUCACAUUUGUGCACAUUAACAGCAUCAGCAGCAAACUUAAAUUUGUUGAUUGCAUAAGUGUAUAAUCUUGUUUCCUAACACUUUAUACCACCAGAAAUAUUUUUUUCUGUCCAUGUUGUGCAGAAAAGUUCAAGUAGUACUUAAUUGUUAACAAAAAGUUGAAAUAGUACUUAAUUGUAAACGUUCACAUUUAGCUUUCUUUCAUUUUGCUGGUUAUUGUCACACAUUUCUGUCACCUCUCUUAGCAAGCUCAUUAUAGAAUCAAAAUGAUUUUUGUGGUUACAGUAGGUUAAGACUAGUUGAACACUAGUCCUGUAUUAAAUUUUAUUAAUUAAAUAGAGCUAAUUUUAAAUAAAACAAGAAGAGAAUGAUAUCCGCUUCACUCUAAGCUGUUGCUGCAAAUAGUUUGAAUUACAAUUUAUUUUAUCUAAAGCUUUAAAUUUUAAGAACUUAAGCGUUCUUACUUCUUUCUUCUUCUGUGUUCUUAAGAACUUAAGCAAACAAAAGUAAUUUUGUAGCUUUUAAUACAAGUCACUUUUAAGUCAAAGUUAACAUGCUAUUAUGAAACAAAUUAAAGAUUACCCAGGCAGUAAAUUAGCAUGUUCUGUAUGGUCAAGUAGUAGAGCAUGUUUUGCUAACCCAAAAGUUGUGAGUUUGCCACUUAAGACUUAACCGCCGUAUCCAAACUAGGGGUUGAACCAGGGAAGGAACCCUGGGCAGAACCCAGCAGUUAGCAACAUGGGGACUAAAAUACUUUAUUCUGUAUCCUGUUGCAGUCUGCCUGGCUUAAGAGUAAUAGACUAAGUAUGUUGUAUAACUUAGUAUGAGGGAAAAUGGAGAAAAUUAGCAUAUUCUUACAAAUUUUUAAUGGUACUUUCAGUGGGACUAUGGUUUGAAUUAAUUUUAUGUUAUUGUAUCAAGUAGUUUAAUGUUAAAAUAUA